GACCGCCGGGAGACACCGGGACUGACCGCCGGGCCGGAGGGGACAAUGGGUGGCCCGGGCUCCUCCCAGCUGCAAAGGACUGUUUGCUUCUCCUGCCCAACUAGGGCCCCAGGCUUUACUUAAUCCAUGUGGGAUUGCUACAGGCGUUACCAGGAGUGAGGAGCGCUGCUCCAGCCUCUCCUUACCUUAUCUUUAUCCUGGCUGGCAGGAGGAACAGAGACUCUGGCCUUGGGGACAAACACAUCCGCGGUAAUGCUCCCUCCAGCCAGGCAUUCUUCCUGCAUAUCACCUACAGAAAGGGACCAGGCUGGUAACUGAGGAGGCCAAGGCUGUCAUUUGGAAGAAAUAAACCAGUGUAGCCAUGGGACAGAACUGUUCAUCCUGCACCCGCACACUAGGCGGGCAUAUCCAGAGCACUCCCAAAGUCUGGGUGUCUCCGAUCCACGUUGAACCCCUUGGAGCUGUAGGCAGCCCUGUACGUGUCCUGCAGGACUGGAGGUGACACUUCAACAUCCCAGCAGCUCCAUCCCGCCGGCGCUUCCCUGAGCCCCCCCAGCACACGCAGCCCAGCGGGUGGAGCCUGCUCAUCAUCGCCCGGGGACACACCCGCAGGAAUUCCUCCCACCGCACCUGGGUUUGCCGGUCAGGCUUUAACUGUGGGAGGACUUGUUCUGAUGGCUCUUUUCUUUAAGCUGCUGCAUUGAUUGCUCCAGGUCCUGGCACCGCUCUGGCAUUCUACUGGCCAGAAUUUCCACACUCACAGAGGACGUCAGUGCUGGUCCAGGAGGAACAUCACAGACACUUGGUGGUAUCUCACUGCAGUGAAGAUGCUGAUGGGAAACUGGGAUGAAGCUGCACCGAAGAAUUGUUAUUACUGAGGAGAAGGAGUCACACAAUCCCUUCACACAUGAAAGACUUGGCUUGAGUUAUUCUUCCACGUUUCAGGCUAGAAAAAUGUUUGAAGGGGAAAUGGCAAGUCUGGAAGCGAUUCGGAAAACCAAGAUUGUGAGAGUGCCUCAGCCCAUCAAAGUGAUUGACCUGCCUGGAGGAGGAGCCAUGUUUGCCAUGGAGUACCUAAAGAUGAAGCACCUCAACAAAUACUCUUCAAAGCUGGGAGAGCAGAUAGCAGAGCUUCAUCUUUAUAACCAGAAACUUGGAGAGAAGCUGAGGACUGAGGGAAGCACAAUUGGAAAAGGAGCCGGUCACUCCGAGUCCCAGUUUGUGGAUCGGUUUGGAUUCCACACAGCCACUUGCUGUGGUUAUAUCCCACAGGUGAAUGAGUGGCAGAGUGACUGGCCAUCCUUCUUUAUCCGUCACCGACUCCAGGCUCAGCUGGAUUUGAUUGAAAAAGAUUAUGGAGACAGAGAAGCCAGAGAGCUCUGGUCACAACUCAAACCAAAGAUUCCUGAAAUGUUCUGUGAUGUAGAAAUUGUUCCCGCUCUCCUGCACGGGGACCUGUGGGCAGGGAAUGUGGCUGAGGACGACUCCGGGCCGAUUAUAUUUGACCCUGCCUCCUUCUAUGGCCAUUCGGAAUUUGAACUGGCCAUUGCUGGAAUGUUUGGGGGGUUCAGCAGCUCUUUUUUCUCUGCCUAUCACAGCAUAAUACCCAAAGCUCCGGGAUUUGAGAAACGAAACAAGUUGUAUCAGCUCUUUAAUUACAUAAACCACUGGAACCAUUUUGGGACAGGGUACAGGGGCUCUACCCUAAACAUGAUGAGGAAACUUCUAAAGUAACCAGGUACAUUUGAGAAAUUCUGACAUAGUCCCUUAGAAAUGAGCAGCCCCUGCUCAUCCCAAGUACCACAAACUCGGAAUUGAUGGUAAAACACCUGAUAUGGAGAAGGCUUAGUGCACUUUUGAGCCUCACUAAUUAAGAGCAAUUGUGUAAUCUUUAACUUGGGCACUAGUUUCCCAGCACAGAUUCCUCCCCUGCUGAAGGAAAGGGCUGCCCUGUUUGUCAAGGCUCCACUGGCUUGGAAAGGCAGCACGACAGUCAGCCUGACCUUGCUCUCUCACUUCGUAGCUGCUGUGUUCCCAGUUGUUCCACAGCAGCAUCUUCCCACUCCUGCUGCUGCUCCAUCAGCAGUUUGUUAUGGAGAGAUGCAGCUGUGGUGCUGGAAGGAAUAACAAGUUCUUACUUCUGCCUUUGUUUGUUCUGGUUUAGUUUUCUGUGUGUUCCCAGCCCUUUUCCCAUGAAUAUUUCCAUAGUCUUCUGUUUCCCUUUCCUGUCCUUUUGCAUGUCAAAUGUCCUAAUCCAAAAUUGCAGUCAGAUUCUAUGAAUCUGAAAACAUUCUCUUUUUAAUUUAACGAGUAGACAAGGCCCUUUGGCUGCACUUGGCAAACAUAUGUAAUUAAUAAUAUUUCUAAUAUUUAUUUAAUGUAAUUUACUCACAUUUGUUAAGAACGAUAAGAACUGAAAUUCCAGUGGUAUUUUCUGAAAGGAUGUCUGGUUCCUUGGUAAUUAACGAUACAGUCAUAAGUAGGUUGUUACCACUCAAAGCUGAUAGUAAAAUUUCAUAGUUUUAGUGUGAUAUUUCAGUAUGUUGUACUACAGUAGUAACGUAUUUAAAUAACUUUGUAAAAAGACAGCAAAAUGUGGGAGGGAGGCUCCGUGGUUGGGUGAGAGGAAGCACCUGUGGCUGCUGGGUUGGUUGGUGCUUGAUGGAUUUUCAAUUUUAGAAAAUGAGUGCAGUGGGCAAAGCUGGUCUGUUGUGCCACCGCUGGGUUAUGGAAGGAACAGCGUCAAAUCUGAUGGAUUUGUAAGGGGUUUUAUUGUCCCUUACUGCUUUAUUUUUACAGAAAACAUAGGCAGUGGGAAUCUGGGGAGAAAACUGUUCAGCAAAGAUACUGGUGUACAGUCUGAGCUAGAGUACAUUAGUGACUCUGUGGGGUUUUAAAGCAAGAGAGUGGCGAGGAGAGUAGAAGUAAGUGCAGUCCCACAAAUAUGAAUUAGAAGGUUUGGGUAAGAAUGACCUGAAUAUUUAGGCUUCAGACAGUUGGCAUGACUAAUACUAAAAUAUUAUAUUCAAAAGCGCUCUAAUAUGUUUAGACUUUUUUCAACUUUAAAAGGUUGUGCUGUAAAGAUUUAAUAAAGUUUAAAAUUUGAUCUUAUAAUUGGUUUAAAACAAUGCGCUUUGUUCUCUGUAAAUAUGAUACGAAUAGUGAAAAAUUUUUACUUCCUUUGAAUCAGGGGAAUCUGUCAUGGUUGGUUAUAAAACUUAAUUGAACUAUAAGGGUGGAAAAGUGGAACAGUAGAGUAAGAAUACAGUUGGAAUUGUAGCUGAUGGCUGGAAGAUCUAGAUCUGAGGAAAGAGCAAACUGCAUGUGCACUGGUGUUUCUGGAUGUGAACAAACCGACCUGUAUCACACUGGGAAGUACUUGUGAACUCAAACUUCUUCUCAAAUAAAACACUUGCCUUGCAGAAACCA